CAACAACAGUUGAUCGGUUUGGCGUGCAUUGGGCCAAACAAACAAACGCCAUUUGGUGAAACUCUCUCUCUACUUUUCUCUCUCUCUCUCUCUCUAACCCCCUGUGUGUGGGUGAAUUCAAUGUCCUUUUACACCCACAAACACACAAUUCCAUCUUUGAUUCUCUCCCCCAUAACAUAACCCCCCUUUUCAAAAGGGGUAUCAAUUUGCUUCAAGAAUCAGAAAGAUACCUACCUGCUUGAUUGAUUGAUUGAUUGAACACACAAAGGGGUUUCUUUUUGUUGGGUUUAGAUCCAUCUUGCCUGCAAUCUCCUCUUGUUUUUGUCUGGAAAUUUUCAAGGUUUCAAAUGCAAGAACAGAGGGGUGCUAUGGGUUCCUUUUCGGAAACAUUAGGGUUCGAACACGGUUCAACAUCAAGUGAUGUCGUUAACUCUCCAUCAAACCGGUUACCCGACUACAUGUCUUUGAACCCAGCAAGUCAAGAAGAGGAGAAUCUAACUAUGUGGACCGUAGGUGAACCCAGUUCAAGUUCUGGCCCGAGUCAAUCAAACCAGAGUCAUAACGAACCGCGACCAGACCGUGGGUGGCCUGCUUUGAUGAAAUCUUGUCCUGAACCUUCAUCUAGCACGCUUUCUUUGGGUGAUCGUGGUUCAUCCAGUUCAUCGUUUUCCGACCCCUUUGGACCGUCUUCUGACCCUUUUGAGUUAGAGGCCCGUCAGGUUUCUCGUAAAAGAAAAGCAGUCGAGUUAAGCAUUGGGCAAUCUUCUUCAGGGGUCGGAAGUUCAAACAUGUUUCAAAGAUCCGAGGGUGGUCCGAGUUCGUGGCGCACAGUUUCAGAAGACCCCCCUUCCGACCCGACUAUCCCGAGACUUGGAUUGAGUAUCGGUGAGCAUCCUGUUCGUGAAAACGCUCAUAGAAAUGUUGACCCGCUACCGGCUAAUAAUAACAAUCGGGAGUCUGAUGUUUCGGUUCUGAGACUUAACCUGCCAGUUGAGAAUUCAAAUUCGAAUUCGAAUUCAUCCAGUCUUCAAAGCCAGCUUGGUUUACGGGUUCCAGCAUUGAGAAGAAAUUUACAAUCAACAUCGAGAUGGAGUCGGAGUUCUAGUGCCAGAGCAAACCGGUCACCAAAUCUUGCUACGCCAGGCGAUCGAAACGAACCCGAUUCGAUUUCCGAUCAUCCGCUAUUUACACCACCAAGUAACGCAACAACCGCUUCCCAAACCGAACUCAAUGUAAACACUGGUGGAAAUGGAAAUGGAAAUGGCGUUGUCACCGGUUCUCGAUCCGGGCCGAGUUCCGGGCCUUCAUCAAGCCAUCAUCCACGAAGACUAUCAGCGUUUCUUCGGCGGUCGUUGUUGUCGGCUACUGAUCUAGAGGGUGGCGGUGUAGGGCAGAAUGGUAACAUUUUUGCAAGAAUUCCUCCGCCUUUGAGCGGUUCGUCUUCUUCUUCUUCUUCUUCAUCCCAAGAUGCUGGAAUUCCGCCAGGUCAUCAUCAUCAACCGCUCUCGAGAUCUUCGUUGUUGCUCGGUAGACAACUUGAGGGCGUGUUCGCUUUCCCGCAUCAUUCACGGACCGGGACACCUGGCAGUGAAGGAAGAGGUCGGCUAGUCUCGGAGAUUCGCAAUGUACUGGAUCUUAUGCGCAGGGGUGAACCGUUGAGAUUUGAGGAUCUUAUGAUCUUGGAUCAAUCAGUGUUCUAUGGUGUUGCGGAUAUACACGAUAGGCAUAGAGAUAUGAGGCUUGAUAUAGAUAAUAUGUCUUAUGAGGAGCUUCUGGCAUUGGAAGAGCGCAUAGGAAAUGUAAACACCGGUUUGACCGAAGAAACUAUUUUAAAGCAUAUCAAACAGAAACAGUAUGUCGUUGAAACGGGUCAGCCCAAUGCAGAACCUUGCUGUAUAUGUCAGGAGGAAUACAAGGAUGGAGACGAUCUCGGAACACUGGACUGCGGGCAUGACUUUCAUCAUGGUUGCCUUAAACAAUGGCUGCAACAAAAGAACUUGUGCCCAAUUUGUAAGUCAACCGGGUUUGCGACUAAAUGAGCCGAAUCGGCCAGCCAUGCAGAUUCUAUUGUUUCUUAGAUCGCAACUAAGGUGUUGUCUUUGGGGAAAUUGUUGGCAAAUGAUAUUAUUUGCCUGUUAUAUCAUUAGAGAUUUAUUUAUGUUUUUAUUUCUUGGAUUCUUUUUAAUGAUGAACCAAAGGCACAACUUAUGUCAGUUUUCAAUUUAUUUUAUGCUCACCAACAUGUUUAUUUCAUAUGAAUAAGUUUGUUUUUUUUGGGU